AUCUUGCUGGGCAGCCUGGCUGAGACAUAAUAGUGCCAGUGAGGUAAGGAGGGGAAGAAGUGUGGGAUAGUGAGAGGAGAAGGGAGGAGGAGAGGGGGCAGGAAAAGUAAGGCAGAGAGGAAAGGGGAUGGGAGGAAAAGCUGAGAGGGAGGGGAAAGAACAGAGAGAAAGGAGGGGAGAAAUAAAUAACCCUCCUUGAGAUGCCGUAUAGAAAGUUAUGAGUUACGGAUUUCGGCAAAGAGAUAUUGAGCCAGUCUGAAAAUUAAACGUACUUUUAUCUCACACACCUGACUCAGCUUCUCCCACAAAUCCACCCCUCCUCCCCAAAUUAAGACAGGCGCACAAGCCUAGAAUACUACGUCAGAUCCCAUUGACACGGGCUUCUCUGGACAGGCUCAGAAACAGUCGAUGGAAGAGCCUAAGAGGAAAUCCGAUCUAUGGUCCGCACUGAUGGGGAAACUGAGGCCAGGGGUAGGCAUCUCGUGCAAAACCCAACAGUCCUAACCCCCUCUCCAGGUGCCACCUUCGCCAGCUUCUCCUGGAAAUGGGAAAUCACUUUGCUGCCCUUUUCCCGUGUCCUGCCUCCCCUUCCUCACCACCCACCCGCUUGGGGGGAGGACGUGACUCUGCUCCCCCAUGGUCUGCCCUGAAAAGUCUUCCCCGGGAGAAGAGUGAACCGGUCCUCCUCGUCUGCAGCCGAGGCUUUUCCCCCUCUCUCUACCUGGGAAGUCGGCGUCAUCCAUGUCUUCCAGGGGCACGGGACGCGUCUAACCGCGGAGAAAGAGCUGAGGAGCGCCGCUCCAGAUGUUCCCGUCCUGCGGGUCCUAGGCAGCCAGAUGCUCCGCCCUCCUCUGCCCUGCACAGACUGUCACCGCUGCGCUCGCCCCUGCUCUCCAGCGCCGAUCCCCAGCCUGCCCCAAGUGUUGGGACCAUGGCCUCCAUCAAUGAGUUGCCCAGUAAUAUCCUCCUGGAGCUGUUCUCCCUGAUACCAGCCCGGGAGCUCCUAUUGCACUGCCGGCCAGUCUGCAGCCUGUGGCGCGACCUCAUUGACCUGGUGUCCCUGUGGAAGUUGAAGUGCCAGCGGGAGGGCUUCAUCCCCAAGAAGUGGGGCCAGCCUGUAUCUGACUGGAAGGUUUUCUACUUCCUCUGCAGCCUCCGGAGGAACCUGAUCCGCAACCCCUGUGCUGAAGAAGGCUUUGAGUUUUGGACCCUGGAUGUGAACGGAGGAGAUGAGUGGAAAGUGGAAGACUUGCCUGGUGAUCACAGGAGGGUGUUUCCUAACUCCCAUGUCAAGAAAUAUUUUGUCACGUCUUAUUACACCUGCCUCAAGUCUCAAUUAGUGGACCUGAAAGCUGAAGGAUAUUGGGAAGAGCUAAUGGACCGGACCAGACCAGACAUCGUGGUCAAGGAUUGGUUUGCUGCCAGACAAGACUGUGGCUGCAAGUAUCAGGUCUGUGUGCAGCUCCUGUCUUCAGGGCAUGUGCCUCUGGGCACCUUCCAGCCAGAUCCUGUUGCCAUCCAGCAGUGGAGCGAUGCCAAGUGGAGAGAGGUCUCCCAUACUUUCUCCAACUACCCACCUGGUGUCCGCUAUAUCUGGUUUCAGCAUGGAGGAGUGGACACACACUAUUGGGCUGGCUGGUAUGGGCCCCGGGUCACCAACAGUAGCAUCACCAUUGGUCCUGAACUGACUUGAGCCAAUAUACAGCCCUCAUCUGCUGCACCCUGACCUACUGCUCCAUCAUCCUAGGUCUUCCUUCUUUGCACUGCUGUUACCGUCAACUCUCAAUUAUCCAGGGACUGUGAGCCUGACAGGUAUAUUAUCCAGGCCCCUCUGCGCCACAUGAUGAUUCCUGGCUGCAGUUGGAGCAACGUGAAACCAUAGAAAGAAAUCACUGGCCCUGAAGUCGGGAGAUGUGGAUUUGAAUCCCCAGCUCUGCCACUUCCUGUGUGACCCAGAACCACGUCACUUUACCCUCUCUGAGCCUCAGCUUGUUCCUCUGUAAAAUGAGGAUGAGUCCAGGAUGGUUCUGAGGAAAGCACUUUGUAACCCUUCGGGGCAAUAUAGAGCUGUGAAUUAUUAUGAUUAUUGCAUAGAGUUCUCUAUACUGGAGAACACUUUCCAGAAUAUUUAAUUCCCAUGAGGAAGGCAAGGCAGAUGCUGAAAUCUCCCUUUAUAAGAGGAGGAAACUGAGGCUGAGAGAGGAAAAGAAGCUGGGCCAAGGUCACACAGAGUGGUGGUGGCUGGGACUAAUAGCUGGGUUCCUGCGGCCUGCUCAGGGACUAAAGGCCGGGUCCCUGCUGCUUACUCCCAGAGCCCUCUCCCCCAGUGCCUCUGAGCAGGAAAGGGGUAAGUAAGGAGCCAGAAGUCAUCUGGGCCCCUCGAGCCAGGAAAGGCUUUAGUGCAAGGGGACUUGGGACCACAGUUGAGUUGAGCUAUAAGUUGGAGUCUGGGCUCCUCCCCAGCCUAGCACGGAUAGUGGCGAGUUGACUAGCUAACUCACCAGCCUCUUCCAACUCUUUUUUCUCCCUCGCUUCUCUAGUGUUUCUCACUGUCUCCAAUUUUUAGUCACCACUAGUCUCUCCUUUAUAAUACCUGAAAAGACAUGGGGGCCGAGUUUAUCGGCUACAGUAUCUGGAGCCAUCAGGAGCUUCAGGGAGAGAGAGAGGGUAGGUAGCUAGUUUGCUGAAUGGACCCCAUCACUGAUGAUGAAGCCAUUUUCUUGGUUUAAUCCCUCCUUGACAUCUCAUCCCCCAGGCAGAGGGUGCUCUAGGCCUAGAGAGAACAGAGGUUCAAGGGAGACCUGUCUCCCCUGAAUGGGGAGUUCAGUGAAUCUGGAGCAGGCAAGGUCCCACCAAUUCUGAAUUGUCCCCAAGAGGGCUAGGUGGCAUCUGAGGUCUGCUCCAAGGUGAACCCAAGUACUGAAGACCUAAUCAGACCCCAGAAUUUGAUUUGGGGGGAUGGGAAUCUUCCCAUUUGGGAGAUGGGAAUCAAGAGAAAAAAGGUCCUCUCCUCAACAGCCAGAUAACUUCAGCUCCUACCCCUUUCCACUCCCCUUGGGCCUUUUACUCUUGGGCCAUCCUCUUCCUGGGGCCUGGGUGUCCUCCCUGCCCUGCCCUCACUCUCAGUAGCCCCCAUGGGCCAAGGCUUGCCUACACUAAUGAGUCUUCCAAAGCUCCUGCCAGGAGCUGCCAUUCUCAGGAUCCCCACACCCCCUCUGGCUCUCUCCUUCCUGCUGCUCUUAACCCCACACCUUCCUGCUCAAGUGCCACCAGUUUUCCUCCUCAGAUUCUUCUCUUUGGAGCAAGUAGCCAAAUAAAAAGUGUUUCAAGUCAAA